AUGAGGGUAUCUUCAUUGUUUGGGCCCGCGGCGGCCGGCCUCGCGACUAUACUCGCUUUACCGACCGCACACGCUUUGACAUUCGACGCCGUUUCGAUCCCCGACCUCGACCUGUCUUCCCUCGGCCGGGUAACCAUCACCGGCGACUUCGACGGCGUGUCGCUAUACGAAUAUGAAGGACAAUCGGAAAUCACCCGACGCCAGGGGUCAUCUAUUCUGACUCCGCUUCCAAACGGCAUUCUUACGAACCUCUCCUCCGCCGACGCGCAGAUCCGUGAUAUGUGCGCUUUUACGAAGAAGGACGGAACAUUUGCAGGGAUAUUUGUCGGUGGAAACUUCACCAGUCUCGGUGGUGUUGAUUCGCCAGGGGCUGCGCUCUUCAACCCUAAUUCCAGCCAAGUCACGGCUUUGUCGGGCCUCAAUGGCUCGGUGUCGACCGUGCUGUGCGACCAGUCCUCUAACCGUGUUUACGUUGGCGGGUCCUUCUCCCACGACAACUCUUCGAACGCCGUCGCCUGGACUCCCGACCAUGGGUGGACCGAUUUGUCGUUCGACGGCUUCAAUGGGCCUGUGAAUUCGAUCAUCCAAGACAGCAACGGCCACAUUAUCUUUGGAGGAUCUUUCACUGGACUCGGCAACUCCACCACGACUUCGUCAAACAACACCAAGCAAAUUCUCAACCUGUCGAGUGCGACCAUCACUUCCGACGCGGCCACCUCCAUCAGCGGCUAUGAAGAUCCCACCAACAUCGUGUGCUCGACCAGCGGUGAGGCAGGCAAGGGCAAGACCUACCUGCUUCAUGAUUACGCUCCCGGUUAUUGGCGCGCCGAGCUUGGCUUCGAGUUCUACCCGACGAAGGUUCGCCUCUACAACACCCACAUCGAUGGUCGCGGCACCAAAGACUUUUUGUUCCGCGCCCUUCCUGACAAUGGCAUCAUGAACUUGACCUACACGGACGAGACCGGUAACAAGGUCUCUUGCGACUCCUCUUGUCCCCUUUCCAGCAGCACCAGUGAGAAGUAUCGUGAUUUCACCUUGGUGAACCCCGUUGGUAUGGAGGGCUUCCAGAUUGAGAUUUUGGAUUGGUACGGACAAGGUGCCGGUUUGAACGGCAUCGAAGUAUUCCAGGAUCAGAUCAUGACCUACGCUAUUGAGAAGUACAACGAGCCCACCUGCGCCGGCAUUGAGUACCCCUCAAAGGCGACUCGCACUGGUUCCUGGACCGUCGAGUCUGGAUACCUGUCUGCCGACGUGACGGACUCGAACGACUCGGAUACAUCCGUGGUCUUUGAGCCUGAUGUCAAGCAGUCUGGUAACUACACCAUUCUUGUGUACACCCCCGGGUGUCUUCAGGACAACUCUUGUAAUUCUCGCGGCAUGGUCAAUGUCACGGCAACUGUUGCUACUGGUACCGACGAUGCCUCGCAGCCGUCUCCGACCACAAUCUAUCAGACCAACAACUAUGACAAAUACGAUACUUUGUUCUCUGGAUACGUCGAUGCUGCCAGCGGUUCUUUCCGCCCCAGUGUCACCCUCCGGCCCAUUGUCGGCCAAGGAGAUAUUACCGUUGUGGCGUCCAAGGUUCUAUUUGAACUGCUGUCCGCAUCGAAGACUGAGACUGGAAAUCUGAACGGAGUGUACGAUUAUAAUCCCAACUCUAAGACCACCGACACCUCCGACGUCACAAAGUCAGACAUCAACAAGGCCGGCACCUCGCUCAGCCACGGCGCUUCUAUCAUGAAAAUGGCGGAGCGCGAUGGUGUGAUCUACGUCGCUGGUAACUUCUCUGAUACGGGCAUUGACAACAUCAUGUCUAUCACCGAUGGCAAUGCAACCGCUAUGCCAAGCGGUGGAUUGAACUCGGAGGUGCUGACCAUGGCUACUUCGGGCAACUUUUUGUAUGUUGGCGGCAAGUUCACCGGUACUUCUGACGGUGGAGUCAGCGGCCUCUACCAUGUGGCAUCUUACUCCUACUCUUCCAAGAAGUGGUCAGCCCUGGGCAAUGGUCUGAAUGGCCCCGUCAGCACGAUCUACCCAAUUCAGUUGAACGUUUCAAAUGCGAUCAACGAGACCACCAUCGCUGUGAGCGGUGACUUUGACCAGAUCCGUGCUACCGAUGACCAACCCGCCAUUUACGUCGCUGGUUUUGCCAUCUGGGUGCCUUCUCAGAAAACCUGGCUGCAGAGUCUCAAUGAUACUCAAAUGGAGUUCGCUGGUCAGCUGUCCGCAGUUGCCUCAAUCAACGACACCUCCAUCCUUGCUGGCAGCCUCGCUACUGAUGGUAUUACCGCUGGAGGCGCGGUGUCGUUGCAGAAUUCCCAUGAGCUGAACUUGGUGCCCCUGAAUAUGAACUUGAAUCACACCAAGUCGAGCGUUGGAGUUAUCACUGGAGUCUAUGAUACCGAAUCUGGACGUAACCUCACCAUCGUUGGUGGUCAGUUUGUCACGACCGCCAGCAACGGAUCGAUCGUCAACAACCUUGCUUUCCUGAACAGCACUGAGCAGACUAUUACUGGUCUUCCUCAAGGCCUGGACAGCAACUCGACCGUCUUGUCACUGCUUGUUCACAACGACACUCUAUAUGCCGGUGGUCUCAUCACCGGAUCCGUUGGCGGUUCCAGUGUGGGCGGUCUUGUGACGUACGACUUGUCCAAGAACACUUUCCAGGAGAGCCAGCCUUGGGCGCUCCAUGGAGACAACGUCACUGUCAACUCCAUUGCCGUGCGUCCCGGUUCAUCUGCCAUCUACGUUGGCGGCAACUUUGAUACUGCUGGCUCUCUCACUUGCACGAGUGUAUGUGCUUGGGACCCUAACCAGGGUUCGUUCUCCUGGCCUGGUGUAACCAUCAGUGGUACCGUACUGGCUCUCACCUGGGUAAGCUCGACGACACUGUAUGCCGUGGGAGAUCUUACUAUCUCGGGCAACAAGACCGUCGCCGCCACCUUUAGCACGAAGUCCGAGACCUGGACGGCUCUUGACGGCGCGUCUACCUCCGACAUGCCUGGCAACAUCACUGCAUUCGCACCCGCCAGCGAGACCAUGUCGGAGUUCUGGGUCGCAGGUACAGCGACUAAUGGAUCGGCUUUCCUCAUGAACUACGCGGACUCCAAGUUUGCGUCUCCCGGUAACCUGUUCUCCCAAGGAACGGAAAUUCGGGGCAUGGAGAUCCUCCCUAUUACCCAAGAUCACUCGUCCGUUUCUCUCUUGAAAAACGAUCAGACUCUGCUGAUCAUGGGUGACCUCAACAUUCCGGGCUUCGGACUCGCCUCCGCAGCUCUCUACAAUGGCACCGGGGUCACUCCGUUUAUCCUUUCGUCCAAGUACGAUGGCAAGCCCGGCAGCAUGUCCCAGCUGUUUACGGAGAACCAGAACCCCUACACUAACCACUCGUCCCACCAUUCCAACGGUAUCGUCGUCCUUGUAGCAUUCUGCUGCGCCCUGGGCACCGUUUUCCUCAUCGUUGCCGCCGGCGUGAUCAUGAACAAGAUCCAGCGGCGCCGCCAGGGCUACUCCGCCGCCCCCCAGACAUUCGGCACAGACCGACCUACCGACAUGGCCCGCGUGCCACCUGAGUACCUGUUCAACUCGCUGGGCGCGACCAAUCCCGGUGCCCCAACCAUCUAA